UGCUAGUAAGUGCUUUCUGAGUUGUUCAGUCAUUUAACGUUCCUAAGCAAUACCAUUUGUAAUUGGGUUUUGGUUUUGUUUUUUCAGAGUCAAAGGCAUUGUUAGUUGAGGAAAUAGAUCAUGAAGUAUCUACCCAUUUCUAACUGGCUGGCUCAGCUUGGUCUUGCAGAAUAUUGCAUGCUUUUUCAACAAUAUGAUGGCAUAGAGGACUUACUCCAUCUUACAGAAGUUGAUCUUAGAAAAAUGGGAAUUGAAAAUCAAGUCCACCGAGCACACAUCAUAUCCAAUAUCCUGCUGCUUCAGGAAGUAGAAAAAAAGAAAGAACCAAAAAUGAUAGCUGCAGGAAAAUUUUCAAGUCUUCCCAGAAACGGCCCAGCGAACCACCAGUUCUCAUUAGCUUCUUCCAUGGACCUUUUGACCACUAAACCUUCGCCAACUGAGCGUCGCACAGACUCCUUUCAAGACAUCUCUAUCCAUGGCACUCUCCCUAGGAAGAAGAAGGGGACAAUUCCCAUCAGGUCUUGUGAUAUGUUUAGCCACAUGGGAACAUUGCCAUAUACCAGAACACAGCGGCAGCAGCCACCUUUUGUACAGGAUGUUAUAGAAGAGCACCCUCCACAAAAUGGGAAGAGCAACAAACUCCAUGCCAGAGAUCAGAAUAUUCUGGAUCCUACUUUGGAAUACGUUAAGUUUUCUAGGGAGAGGCAGGUUAUGGACAACAGCCCAGAAAAAUUGAAGAAGGAGUUAGAGGAAGAACUGCAGCUAAGUAGUGAAGACUUGCGGAGCCAUGCCUGGUACCAUGGACGUAUUCCUCGGCAGGUGGCAGAAAGCCUAGUUCAGAGAGAUGGAGACUUUCUGAUUAGGGAUUCUCUUUCCAGUCCUGGGAACUUUGUUCUUACCUGUCAGUGGAAAAACACCUCUCAGCAUUUUAAAAUCAACAGAACGGUUCUAAGACUUAAUGAAGCCUACUGCCGUGUUCAGUAUCAGUUUGAACUUGAAAGUUUUGACACUAUCCCCGGCUUAGUUAGGUACUACGUUGGGAAUCGCACACCAAUAUCAAAGCAGAGCGGAGCAAUUAUUUUUCAGCCUAUCAACAGGACUGUGCCUCUGCGGUGUCUAGAAGAAAAGUAUGGUGUAACUCCAGUCCGACAAAAAGAGCCCAGUAUCCCUGAAGGAAAAACAGAGACUUCAAAAAGGCUGAGUCUUGGUGUUUCCAGCAUGCAAUCCCCGGAGCAGAGCAUACCCAGAGGAAAUCUUCUGAGAAUCAAAGAAAAAAGUGGUAGCCAGCCAGCUAGUUUGGAUCAUGUUCCAGAGAAAAGAUUCCCUCUAAAGGCUCACCAGUCCGAGAGCUAUCUGCCAAUAGGUUCAAGACAUCCAUCUCAAUUACCUGAAGCAGAUGCAGACUCCUGUCCAAGCUCUCCUGCGUUUAGAACAGGUAGUGAACCUUCUCUAAGCCCCACAGUUGUUCAGAAAGUCACCUCAGAGUUACAAGCAGGGGAAGCUCUUCGAGGCUCAGACAGUCAGCUCUGUCCAAAACCUCCACCUAAACCCAGCAAAGCACCCCUGAUGAAGCCCCCAGAUUCUCCUUUGGCUUCCCGCAGCUCAGAAGGACACUAUUGUGAACUAAGCACUGCUGGAGAUCCUGCAGCAACAAAAGAACAUCUAUGUCAGAAAAACAGCUAUGUGGAACAUCUGAGACGGAAGGAGAAGGGAAAGCAGUCAUUCAGGAACUCUGAAACAAACUAUUUCAUCCUGGAAGAUGACCCUACCAUGAACUCUGCAGAUCCUUUAGAAGCUUCAACUGAGAUGGCUGAAGAAGACAGCAUCUUUUCUGCACCUGUUUUUGAGACGGUGUCUAGUUUUAAACCCAAUGAUUUUGAAUCCAGACUACUUCCUCCUGAAAACAAGCCAUUGGAAAGAUCAAUGUUAAGAAGAGUUAAGGAGCUUUUCACCAACAACGAUCCAAGGAUUAUUGCACAGCAUAUUCUCAGAAUGGACUGCAAGGUGGCAAGGAUUCUAGAAGUUUCUGAAGAGAUGAGGAGGAUGAUGGGAGUGAACUCUGGUCUUGAACUGAUUACCUUGCCUUACGGACAUCAACUGCGCCUUGAUCUAAUUGAAAGGCACAAUACCAUGGCAAUAGGAAUAGCUGUGGAUAUCUUGGGUUGCACAGGAAGUGUGGAAGACAGAGCAGCAACACUGGACAGGAUCAUCCAAGUCGCAGUGCAGCUGAAGAACCUGGGGGAUUUGUAUGCAUUUUCUGCCAUUAUGAAAGCACUGGAAAUGCCACAGCUCACUAGGUUAGAACAAACCUGGACCUCUCUGAGACAUCACUACACCCAGACGGCCAUUACGUAUGAAAAACAGCUGAAGCCAUUUAGCAAAGCUUUGCAUGAAGGACAAGAGGAGUGGAACAAGACCACCAGUGCCUCACAGAACAACGUAACAGUGCCACUGCUGAUGCCCCUCAUCACCCUGAUGGAGCGACAAGACGUCGCGUUUGAAGGCAUGGACCUGUGGGAAAGCAGUGACCAGGGCUGCGAAAUAAUGCUCAGGCACUUGGCCACAGCUCGUCAGAUGGCACAGGAGGCAGAAACGUACAGCCUGAGUGCACAGCGGGUGCUGGAAGGUUUCCAGCCAGAUGAAGAGAUGAGUGAAAUCUUCAAGACAGAAUUUCAAAUGAGAUUGCUCUGGGGCAGCAAAGGAGCACAAGUUAAUCAAAAUGAAAGAUACGAGAAAUUCAGCCAGAUUUUAACUGCACUUUCCCGAAAACUGGAACCUCCUCCAGUGAAGCUGGUGGGACAAUUAAAUGGCAAUACUGAUGAAGCAAUGACCAACUGGGGUGGGAGAAGUACUUCUGCCUCCAAUCCAUCCAUGAGACACAUUAAACCCCGAAGUCUCCAUUAGCUACAUGCCUGCCUUCAUCUCUGCCAGAGUCAAAGCAUUCACGUGCACAAGUAUCAACAGAUCUAGUGAUCAAACCCUAUUAGAAUGAUUGUUUUAAAUAUCUGAUCUCACCCAGAUGUCUCAAAUGUUUAUUUUGCCACAUUUCUUCAGCAAUAUUUAAACAAAGUCUAUAAAAUAUAAAAUCUUCACAGAAGAUGCAACAGAAUAUUUUCAUAUAGUCUAAACAUAAUUACUGUAAGCAGUAAGCCUCAUGAUAACACACAGAUUGUAUCAGUAUUAUGCUAAUUUCUUCACAAAAUCAUCUACUAAAAUCCCCAAAAUAAAGUUUUAAAUUUUAAAAUCUACUUCUCCCUUAAAAGAAGGUAAGGCAUACUAUGUUAAUUAUUUUACCUUGUAAAUCUGAGGAAUGACAAUGUAGUAGUGUUUGUGUUGCUCUCCAUUAAAAUUCUGUAGUUGUGCAGCGUAUUCAUUUUUGUUUUCAUCAGCCAUAUGCGUGCGCAGGUUUAACUGUUGCUUAGCCUAGUAGGAAAGUGUUACCAGUUCAAACAUGUCUUGUGCUUUUCAAUGACAUAUAGCAUAAUUUUAAUUUAUGUUACCAACUAUACAAAAACAGUAAUCACAAGUCAUCAAAACUGACAUUCCUAUAACUCAAAUAAAAAGGAUGUGAGACUUCAUAUAUACUGACAGUCUACAGACCUAAUUUGUUACAUUCAGAGAGAGCAAUGAUCAUUUUAGGUCCCUUCUCCACGUCACCUAAAUGCAUAGAAGUGCACAGAAAACAUAGAAGUGACUGGACAUAUAUAGCACAAGAUACCAAAUCUCAGUAAGCCUGUCUGUUUAAGGAAGACAUUCAUCAUCUCCAGACUAAUGAAGUGUCCUCCCUCUCUGUGCUGUCUUAACUUUGAUUUAGUGUAUAAUAAGCAAUAUACAUGAUUUUAUAUACUCAAAGAAUGUUGUUCCAGGACUGUG